AAGCGAUAAGAUCUGUCAACGUAAUAAAGUGGUACUUCGGAUCGGACGUUGAACGAGAAUAAAAUCAGCUCCGAAUAAGAUAUGCGAUUCACUUCACCGUAUAGUUCUGAUUGACGGGAAAGGCUUUCCGGGUGCAAUCAUGAAGAACUGUAUUAUUUUAGCUUUGCAAGUGAUCUGCAUAACGCAUCUAUCGUUUGGCGCCAACAUACUUGUCCUGUCUGGUGUACCAUCGCCAAGUCACUCUAUCUGGCUUCGACCGCUGACGAAAGCUUUAGCGGCAAAAGGACACAAUGUCACAGUUAUAAGUCCGGACGUAGAAAAACUUCGACUGCCAAAUUAUACUUACAUCCACCUGGAGAAUCUAUACAGUUCAAUAUAUAAUACCAGUUUUCGUGACACUUUGAACUUUUUCGAAAUGGCGGAAAGAGGAACCCUGCAUAUAGUGAAUUUGAUAGACGAAUUCGGGAUACGGUGUUGCGAAAUUUCCGUUGAGUCGAAAGGAUUCAAACAGCUGUUGGAUUACCCCAAGGAUUUCAAAUUCGAUCUUUUUAUGAGUGAUAUCAUGAAUGGACCUUGUCUCGCUUCGUUGCUCCUGCAUAGAUUUGGAAAUCCACCCUACAUUCCGAUGACUCCCUAUAACGCUCCAUCGACGACAGCACCUCUGAUCGGAUCGUAUGUUUAUCCGGCAGCCAUCCCGAAUCAUUCGUUCGAUGCUCCGCUCAAAAUGACCUUGUGGGAAAGAACUAAAAAUUUCAUUUUCGAGAUGUAUGAUGAAAUAGUGAAAGACUACUAUCUAUAUCCAGAGGCAGACGCUAUUAUAAGGCGAAUCUUUCCGGGAGCUCCCAGCGCGAAAACGCUGCAGAACACCAUCAAAUUACUUUUCAUUAAUACCAAUCCGCUCAUUCAGUAUAAGGAACCCAUGUUGCCGAAUGUGAUUCCAGUGGGAGGAAUGCAGAUACGAAAAGGAAAAGCUCUGCCAGAUGAUUUAUCCAAGAUUGUGAACAAAGCUGCAAAAGGAUUCGUUCUCUUCUCACUCGGAACGAACGCCAGGAGUGAUUUGCUUGGUCCGGAACGUGUGCGCUCCAUACUAACAGCGAUGAGAAAUCUUCCUGAGUACACAUUUUUGUGGAAAUUUGAAUCCGAUGAAUCAAAGCUCCCAAUGCCAAUUCCGAAGAAUGUUUACAUCAGAGCAUGGAUGCCUCAAAACGAUUUGCUGGCUCACCCAAACAUCAUGCUGUUCAUUACUCACAGCGGACUUUUGAGUACCCAGGAAACGAUAUGGAAUGGGGUGCCAGUUAUAGGCGUUCCACUAUUCGCCGAUCAGUUCCGAAACAUUAACUAUUGCACCUCCAUUGGGGUCGGAAAAAGGCUUUCAAUACAAACAUUGACUGCCGAAGAACUGAGCGAGACAAUCAAAGAAGUAAUUACCAACCCGGAUUAUAGCAACAAAAUGAAACGACUGUCGCAGCUAGUCCGAGACCAACCGGAAUCUCCGCUCGAGCGCGCCGUCUGGUGGACGGAAUGGGUAUUGCGCAAUCCGGAUGUUGACAUGCUGGAAUUCAAUGCUGCGAAUUUCCAUUGGUUCAAGAAGUAUGGUUACGAUGUGAUGACACUGCUUCUUUCUGUAGUACUGAUGUUAGUCUAUGUUGUAUUUAGGAUAUCGAAAUAUCUCAUAUAUCAUAGUAGUGGAAUCGUUUUCAAACAUAAAAAGGAAUAUACGAUAAAAUUCACGGUCGAAAAGGAGUCGGAUGGAAAACACCCUUUCUUGGAUCUAAUCAUCACAAGAAAAGAGGACAACAUUCUGAAAUUUGGCAUUUACCGAAAGCCGACCUCCACGGAUCGGUAUAUAACAUCCGACUCCUACCAUUUUGAAGCACAGAAGAAAGCCGCCUUCCAUUCAAUGUCUCACCGCCUAUUUAACAUUCCGAUGGAAAAAGCCGAAUUCGAAGCAGAAAGGAAGAAAAUCCACGAGGCUGCCUUUCUCAACAGUUAUAACGAAGGGUUCAUAAAUAAGAUCCUCCGGAAACAUGAGAGAAUGAAACACCACCAAAACGCAACCAUCCUUCAAUCACAAAAAGAGGACAUUCAAAGAAUUGGUCUCCCGUUUUACCCGAAAGUGACGAAUGCCAUUCGAGGGAUACUGAAUAAACACGGCUUUCAUAUAGCCUACAAGAGCGCCCACAUGCUGAAAAAUCUCCUGUGUUCCCCCGAGGACAAGAUCCCGUCGGAUGAAAAGUCCGGUAUCUACGAGAUUAUGUGCAAAUCUUGCCCGGCUGUAUUCAGUAACUCAGUAGGAGUUUGUACAGAGUCGUUGCGGCCAGCAAAAGUACGCAUCAUGCAAUACCUCACGUUUUCACUUCGAUGUAUUAUUUGGCUAUUAUUAACGGAAGUGACUAGGCCAAUAAGAAGUGCAAAUAUUCUAAUUUUGAUGAGUGUACCAUCGCCUAGUCAUUACAUAUGGAUGAAACCAAUUGCAAACAAGCUGGCGACAAGAGGACACAAUGUGACAAUUAUAUCGGCGAAUGUGGAUCACUCUGCCCCUGUUAAUGUAACGUACAUACAUUUGGAAAACAUUUAUCGUUUGUUGCACGGAAAUGGUGAAAAUAGGAACAAUAUUGUCAAAAGGUCAGAGGAAAACCCAUUUGAAGCAACACUAUCCUUCUACAAAUUCGCAACAGUUGGCUGUAUAGGAACUGUCAGUUCCAAUGGCUUCAAGACUCUCAUGAAUUAUCCAAACAACUUCCAUUUCGAUACCAUCAUUUACGAUUUCACAUGCGGACCUUGUAUCCUUGGUUUUCUACACAAGUUCAACUACGCGCCAUUAGUGAGUGUUUCAGCUUUUGGAAUUCCGCAGUUUACCCACGACCUUGUGGAAGAACAUAGAUUAACCACGAAUGUACCCCAUUUCUCACUAAUGUUUCCUCCUAAUAUGGGUUUCGGUGAGAGAGUUUUCAACUAUCUAGUUCAGAGUUUCGAUUCAAUCUAUCGAAAAUGGGUAUUCCAACCCAGAAUACAAAAGAUAGCUAAUGAAGCAUUCAAUACCAAUCUACCAAGUCUUGCACAACUGGAAACGCACAGCCAGAUCGUACUAGUGAAUUCAAAUCCGAUUUUUGAACAGGUUGAAACGUUACCUCAAAACGUUAUUCCGGUCGGAGGUCUACAAAUCGUUGAGCCACAAAAGUUAUCGCAAAACAAUCCAGAAAUAGAAGAAUUCAUCAACGCAAGCGCCAAAGGAACUGUGCUCUUCGCAAUGGGUACAAACUUCAAAAGUGAAAUGUUCACUCGUCAACAUCAGAUUAUGUUCAUUGAAGCAUUCGCUCAGUUUACUGGAUAUAACUUUAUUUGGAAGUUUGAUGGAACGACACUACCCAUUCAUGAAUCUUCCAACUUGAUGAUUCGUCCAUGGCUUCCACAAAACGACAUUUUAGCCCAUCCCCGUGUGAAAGCAUUCAUCACACACUGUGGACUUCUGAGCAUUUACGAAGCGACAUAUCAUGGUGUUCCAACCAUCGGAAUUCCGGUGUACGUUGACCAGCACCGAAAUGCUCGGAAGACCGUACGAGCGGGAGUCGGAGUAACUCUAGAUCUGAAAACCCUAUCGACGGAGGCGAUUCAGAAAGCGCUGGUAGAUGUUCUUGAGAAUUCGCAGAUUGAGAGGAACAUGCAAAGGAUGUCGGUAAUGUUGCGUGAUCAACCAGAAAAGCCACUCGAUCGCGCUAUUUGGUGGAUUGAAUGGGUUGUUAGGCAUCCACAUACAAAACAUUUGCGCUCGCCGAUGUUUGAAACGGGUAUCGCUGCCCAAAAUGGUAUAGAUGUGAUAUUGUUUCUUGUGUUCAUUGCAUUUGUAGCCGUUUGUUUGACACACAACGUUCACAAAAGACUCAAGAUGAAGUUAAAUUCUAAAAAGCAGGAAUGUAAUAAAAAGCAGAACUGAAGAUAAAAAUUAUGAAGAUAUUGACAACAAUUCAGUAUAUAUGUCUCAUACUACAUUUUUCAUUUGCGUUACUAGAAAAUUUUACCAAAAAACAGAAAGUGGGUUAUAUCCGUGGUAUAACCGCAAGGUUGACUUAGGACUAUCGUUGAUUUACACUCUGUCCAACUUCUAUAAGACCACCCUGAUUAUAUUUCGUUGCAACACAAACAGUUACACGUUGCAACAAGAUACAU